UGCUUUGCUAACAUCACAGCAUGCUAGGCUGUGCUAAUGUGUUUGACAGGCAUAGUAAAGAACUAGAUGCAUGUUUACCUUCUCUAAAUCGAAAUGUUUGAACUACACAUGCGGCUUAUUUCAAACCGUGUAUGCUGAGUGCCUGUCCUCUCUCCACCAGGGUAGCGGGGCAGGAGGCACCUCAGCGUCCACAAUCCGAGGGUAUUAUUACUCAAUAUGGCAACAAACAAGAGAAUUGCAGCUGCGGCCUCGCUGUUGACGUUUUGGAGGGUCUCAGAAAUUCAGCGGAGAAGGGCAGCUUCGCGGAAGCGUCUGUAUCUGAGAGCAAUCAUGCUGCUGCUGCUUUCGAAACGAGAAAAGGUUAACGCGGUCCCCUACAGCUUGCUAAACAGACACGUCCCAGUGCUGAGGGUUUACUUUGAAGAAGUGAAUGACCUUAGCCCUCUCUUCAGGGUUUCUAGGAGAACCAUGCAGCGAAUCAUGUCAGUGUUGCAUGAGGAUAAAAACAGCGGCUGGGGGUUUGACCUCGAGAUCCUCAUGUUCAUGUUUUGGUUGGCAAGGGCGGCAUCGUACAGGGUAGUGGCAGCAUCUUUUGGUGUGCCACGGUCAACCGUGCACCGGAUAAUUCAAAAGGUGUUGAAGAAAGUGGUGAGAAUCACAGCUCGGGUUAUUAAACUCCCUGGUCCUGACGAGCUUUCCGUCAUCGGUGAAGGCUUUGCUGAACUUGCGCAGUGCAGGGAGUUUCAGCUGGCUGUCGGGUGUAUAGAUGGAUGCCACGUGCGGAUUAAGGCACCUCCAACUAAUGAAGCACAGUGCUACUUCAACCGGAAGUCGUUUUACUCCAUUCAGCUGCAGGCCGUCUGCGACCACAAAGGAAUGUUUGUGGAUAUUUUUGUGGGAUAUCCUGGUUCUGUUCACGAUUCACGUAUUCUUCGCAACAGCCCAAUAUACACAAAAUCACUGUACCCUCCACCUGGAUAUUUUCUGCUGGGUGACAGCGAGUAUCCCUGUUUACAGGAACCCAUAGGCAUUCUUACUCCCUACAAGGAACCCAUGCAGAACCCAGUUCAAGCACAAUACAAUGCUGAACAUUCAAGGGCUUGGUCCGUGAUAGAACAUGCGUUUGGAAUGAUGACGAGUCGAUGGCGUGGAAUUUUUUCUAAGACCUUAGAGGUGCAUUAUAAGUGUGCUCCAAUGGUCAUCGCAGCGUGUGCUGUUUUGCAUAACAUUUGUAUAACUGAAGGAGACCUAAUUGAGGUUGACACUGAACACGGUCUUCUUCAUCAAGAUCAGCCUUUGGGAGAAAAGGAUGACGUUGGGAGCAGGAUUGCUGCCCGUCUGUCUGCUUCAGUUGACAUCCCCCCUCCUAUAUCAGAGCAUGACUAUGUCUUCUAAGAGUUUUUAUAAUUGGAUCAUUCAGGGUUUUCAGUGAGCCAUUGCACAAAGAUGAGUUCUAACAUUUAUACAAAGAGAUUGUUUCAACAUUUUUUUAGUAUCCUUUUCCCCCAAUUAUUCUUUGGUGUGGGUGAAGUUUGUCAUCUUCUAAAUGAAUUCAGACCUCUUACUAAAUAAAAUGCUAGUUUAGUUUUAUUUUGUUCUCACCUUGUCAAUCCAAUCUACUAAUAGUUAGGGACUGUUUAACAUUUCUGUGAGUGUACAGUCCUUUCUUUGGGGUCUAUAAUGUACACAUACAGAUAAUAUCGAAAUUCACAAUGGUGUACACUGUGUGUAUGUAAAACCCAUCUAAAGAAGGGGAGUGGAGGUCAUGUAAAUGUUGAAUAACCCUUACUGUAAAGUGGUUGAAAAAUAUUUGUUUGUAAUGCAAACUUAUCUUUUGUUUAAAGAGUAAGCUUGUGAAUAUAA